GGGAGGAGGAGGAGGAGGAGGAGGAGGCGGCGGCGGUGUCGCCAUCGCCAUGAGCGCUCCCGGCCCCCAUCCCGACCCCGCCGCCGGCUCCAGCCUCGGCCCGCUGCUCCACACCCUGCAGGACCCCGCCGCGCCACCGGGAGAGCUGACGGACGCGCACCUCACCGUCGUCAGUCGCUUGAGUGGUGAAGGAGCCAAAGCAUUCACUGCAGAUUUCAGGAAACACUUCCCUCAACUCUGCAAGGUGUUCAAGGCACACAUUUCCAGUCCAAACUUGGAGCUCAGUAAUGCAGCAUUGCAGGCCUUGGGCUUCUGCACUUUUAAUUCAAACAACACAGCUGAAUUAUCUGGCUCUGAAAUGCAGGACUUGCUGGCAGCAGUGAACAGCGUGGCUGUGAAAUCCUCAGACAAGAACACUCGCACUCGGGCACUUUGGGUCAUCUCCAAGCAGGCAUUUCCUCCAGAAGUUGUCAAAAAGGAGGUGUCCAAUAUUCUCUCCACCCUGGAAACAAUCCUGACUAAAGGAGAAGUGCAGUCAGUUGUGGUUGAAUAUGAAGCACUGAAUGUCAUUAUACGCUUAAUGGAGCAAGUUCCAGCCCAGAUGGGAGAAGAGGCUGUGAGGUGGGCAAAGCUGAUCAUCCCUCUGGUUGUCCACUCAGCUCACAAAGUGCAGUUAAGAGGUGCCACUGCCCUGGAGAUGGGGAUGCCACUGCUCCUGCAGAAGCAGCAGGAGGUGGCAGCUGUCACCGAGCACCUGAUGACCACAAAAUUAAUUUCCGAACUUCAGAAACUCUUUUCUUCCAAAAACGAGACCUUCGUGUUAAAACUGUGGCCCCUGUUUGUCAGAUUGCUUGGAAAGACUCUGCAUCGCAGCGGCAGCUUCAUCAACUCCCUGCUGCAGCUGGAGGAGCUGGGCUUCCGCAGUGGCUCCCCUGUGGUGAAGAAAAUUGCCUUCAUUGCAUGGAAGAGCCUCAUUGAUAAUUUUGCUCUAAAUCCAGACAUCCUGUGCAGUGCUAAGAGGCUGAAACUGCUGAUGCAGCCCCUGAGCUCCAUCCACGUGAGGACAGAGGCUCUGGCCCUGACCAAGCUAGAAGUGUGGUGGUAUUUGCUGAUGAGACUGGGACCUCACCUGCCCUCCAACUUUGAACAGGUUUGUGUGCCAUUAAUCCAAAGCACCCUGAGUGUGGAUCCUGCUGCUGCAUUCCCAGGAACGCCCUCGCGGCCAAACAACCCCAGCCUGGGCUCAGCACCCUCUGGGCAGAAAUCAGGUCCUUUCCUGUUUGUGAGCCCGGGCACACCCAGGAUGGGCCUGAACAGCAGCACAGCAGGAGUGCUGCUCUUCCCUUCCAUCCAGCUCCUGGGCAUGGAAAUGCUGCUCCACUUCCUCAUGGGACCACAAGUUGUGGAUUUUGCUAAGCAAAACAAGCUCGUGCUUAGCUUAGAGCCUCUCCAGUACCCACUGAUCAGUAGCCCUUCUUUUUUUUGUAAGCAUGCCAGCACUCUGAUAAAUGCUGUUCAGGAUGGCUUUAUUGCAAUUGGAAAAGAAGUUCCUGAUUGUUUGCUGAAUGUUAUCUGGAAGGACAUAAAUGGAUAUGUGAAAACAGCAAUUGAAGCAGGAAAUAAGAAAGAGAAGCAAGGUUCAGAAAUACUGACCAUGUUACUGCAGGCCUUAAAAAACACUGUGAGAUCCAAUUCCCUGCCCGUGCAGAAAAUCCUGUCACUCAUUGAAAUCACUGUCAAGGAGUUGCCUCCAAAAGUAUUGGGAUCCCCAGCUUAUCAGGUUGCUGAUAUGGAUCUUUUAAAUGGCACUCCAGCUCUGUUCCUGAUCCAGCUGCCCUUCCACAACAAUCUCCUGGAAUGCUGUGUGACAGAUGAGAGAUUCUUUGGGAUCCUGGAAUCCCUGGUGGGUGCUGCCCUGUCUGGGCCCACCUCUGCCCUGGCGUUCAGUGAGUCUGUGCUGGGUGUCAUUGAUCAGAGUGCAGAGCAGGUGGGCAACAAGGAGCACCUCUGGAGAAUGUGGAGUAUUGUUGUUCAUCCUCUGACUGAGUGGAUUAAUCAGAAUAAUGAGGUGAACCAGGGGGAUGCCCUGGAACACAACUUCAGUGCUGUCUACAGUGCUUUGUUGCUGCCAGUAUCCCACAUUUUCCCCACUCAGGGAUUCCCACAGCCAACUCUGAAAUCCUUGCUGCGCUCUUGGUCUGACCUGUAUCGAGCUUUUGCUCGCUGCGCUGCUCUGGUGGCAACAGCAGAAGAAAACCUGUGCUGUGAAGAACUUUGUGCCAAAAUAAUAUCUGGGCUAGAAGGUGAAACUCCAGUAGUGUUUCCCAUGCUGGAAGGUCUCACCCACCUUGUGUCAGUCAUGGUUGACUGCAUCAACUUUGCACCCUAUGGCACUAAAUUCCAGCCCAAAAACAGAUCUCCGCAGACUCCCACGGACUGGGCUAAGAAGAAGAAGGAGCCCCUUGGCAAGCUGAGCUCUCUGUUCAAGCUGCUGCUGCUGCUGCUGAACUCGUUCCACGAGCUGGGCAGCUCGGAGCUGCAGGCAGAGCCCCUGGGGCUGUCCCUGCUGGCCGCCCUGCACGCCCUGGUCACCCACAUCUCGCUGCCCUCCCUCCUCGGCACCACCCUGGCCACCUUCUCCCAGCCCUUGGCAGUCUUCUAUGAGAAAACCAAGCUCCCUGAGGUACCCAAAGUCUACAGCAACCUGAACAACAAGUUGGAGAAGCUGCUGGCAGAGAUCCUGCAGUGCCUGCAGUGCCACUGCCCGGGCUCCUGUGACUCUGAGCUCCUGCAGCAGCUCAGCCCCAUGCUGUGCGUGGCCUUCCAGCACAGGAGCAAACAGAUCCGCCAGCAGAGCGCCCAGCUCUGGAACUGCACCUUUGCCAAGGCCUCCUCCCUCACCUACCCUGAGCAACUCAAGUCUGUGUUAAGCCAAGCCAAAAAGAAAAUCCCUCUGCUGCUGCCUGGUUUUGAAAGCAUUGAGUUGUCUGAGGAGUGCAGUGGCCCCUUCUCUGACCUGAUGGAGAAUUCCCAGCUGGAUACAAAGAUCAGUGGGAUGGAGGUGAAGGUGGGACAGAAACGAGAUUCAAUUCUGGCACAGACGAGUGAACCCAAAAGUGAUGGCAAAGACAAGUCCAGCAACGUGCAAGCAACACCUGCCAAGUUAAAAUUAGAAUUUUCAUCUCCUAAGACAACAAGUGAGACACUUCUGGAAGAGGAGAAAUCUGUUGAUUUUGUGUUCAUUCCUCCAGAAACAAAACCAAGAAUAUUGACAGAACAUCAGAAAGAAGUGCUUAGGUCAAAGAGAGCUGACAUUCCUGCCAUGUACAACAACCUGGAUGUCUCCCAGGACACCACCUCAUUUUCCCAGUACAGCCAGAGCCAGGAAGAUUCUUUGGAAAUGCCACCUGCAGUAGAAAAUGCCAAAGAAGACACUGCAAACCAACCUCAGGAGGAAAAUGUGGGGAGUGAAGAAUGUGGCUCAGAGGAGAGCCCAGCCUGCAGCAGCGAGGGGGAGGCCAAAAAGGAGACAGCCGAGGUGAUCCCAGAGGAGACAGCCCAGGUGAUCCCAGAGGAGACAGCCCAGAUGAUCCCAGAGGAGACAACCCAGGUGAUCCCAGAGGAGACAGCCCAGAUGAUCCCAGAGGAGACAGCCCAGGUGAUCCCAGAGGAGACAGUCCAGGUGAUCCCAGAGGAGACAGCCCAGAUGAUCCCAGAGGAGACAGCCCAGAUGAUCCCAGAGGAGACAGCUGAGAUGAUCCCAGAGGAGACAGCCCAGAUGAUCCCAGAGGAGACAGCCGAGGUGAUCCCAGAGGAGACAGCCGAGAUGAUCUCAGAGGAGACAGCCGAGAUGAUCCCAGAGGAAACAUCUGCUGCAGAGGGAUUGGAGACAAGUUCUGUGGAAGCAGCUGCCCAGGAGGCCUCAGCAGGGCAGGAGGACACCUCAGAUGUCACCAGCAGCUCAGCCUCCAGUGACAUCAUCUCUGGCACCCCCCAGCCCGUGAGCCGGCGCCAGUCCUUCAUCACCCUGGAGAAAUUCGGGGCUGCAGAGAGCAGAGCCUUCAGCCCAGCCCCGCUGAGCUCCGUGCCAGAGCUGCCUGGGAGUGCUCCUGAGGCAGCCACGCAGGAGAGCAGCAGUGGCAGCAAGGCUGCUGCUAAGGCAGAGAAAUCUGGAGAGGAGGAGAAAAACCCCCCGAAAGCCGAGCCCGCCGCGGGAGCUGCACUCACCCGCAGGGUGACGCGGCGGCAGAGCCGGCUGGAGCUGCAGGGCAGCAAAUCCAGACUGCUGAGCAGGGCAGAGGAGUCCCUGGCCCCUGACAGCCUGGAGAGCAGUGCUGAGCUGGGCUCUGCAGGGGAGGAUGUGGAUCACGUCCUGCACAGCCACUCCCGGGCGCUGCUCUCCUCGGAGGCAGACAUCCAAAAUGCCGAGGUUGCCAUCGCAGAAUUGGACAAGGCCCGGAGGCUGGACACGGACUCGAAGGAAAACACCCCCCCAGAGAGCAGCAGCUGCUCUGAGCAGGCCCCAGGGGAUGACAGCCAGGUGCCACAAGUGUCCCCUCACCAGAAGCAGCUGCGGCGCUCCUCCAGGAGACGGUCGGACGCUGCGGAGAGCCCCUCGGGCAGCCAGGAGAAGGAGGAUGGGCUCCCCAAGAGAGACAGGAGGAAAGAGGAGGAGAAAGCUGGGCAGAAGAGGCUGUCCCAGGGGAAAGGUGAUGGAUCCCAAAAGCAGAAAGGAAUUCCUGGCAAAACGACAGAAAGCACAAAAGCGAGCAGCCAGCCUGAGAGAGGGGCAGAGGACUGGAGCUCCAAGGACUCUCCUGCUUGCAGGGGCCUGGAUGAGGAGGGCAGCAGGGCUGCCAGGAGGGCAGAGGAUUCCCCCAGGCCAGAGGGGGAAGCUCAGGGCAGCCUCAGCUCAGCAGGGCAGAAGGUGGAACGCCCACGCUACCACACCAGGAGAUCUUCCCAAGGGUUGCUGUCCAGCAUAGAAAACUCCGAGGCUGACAGCUCUGAGGGCAAGGAGGAGAGCACAAAGAAGAGAAAAACCAUGAAAUUGAGGAGCAGAAGCAAUUCUCUUGAAGGUAAAUUGAAAGAGGGACAGGCAGGGAGCCAGAGCCUUGAGGGAUCUGCCCAGGGAGACGAAACUAAGAGUCCCCUGGAGGCCACUAAAGGUGAGCCUGAGGUCAGCACAGGUGCUGCAGUGCCAGCUGAGCCAGGUGGCCUGGAAAAGCAGGAAAAUGCUGCAGCUGCUGGAGAAGCUGUGGGCUCUGGCAGCUCUGAGAAUCCAGAGGCUCUGCAGGACACCAGCGUGGAGCAGCACAAGGGAGAUGCAUCCAUGGAGUCAAUGGGCAGCCCCUGUGUGUCUGAGCAGGAUGGGAGAGCAGCAGAGGAGAGCAGAGAGGAGAAGCAAAGCAGCACAGGGGACUGUGCACCUGCAGCAAAUGUUGCAGGUGCUGAGCCCUCCUCUCUGCAAAGUGAGUGCCAGAACAAGAGAAGCAAAAGGGUGAAGAAGAUCAAGAGCUGUGAUUGCUGCUUUAAAAAGCCAAAGCAGCAGGUGACUGAAUCAAAGGUGACUGAGUCAAAAAAAGAGAAAGAUUCUGAGCUGGAGGAGCCUGAGAGCACCCCAGUUCAGAGCCCUGGGACUGUUUCUGGUCACUCAGAUUUGGAGGAGAGCUUGGCCCUGGCUCCAUGUGGGAUGAGCACUCCAUUGCACCCUCCUGAGGAACCCAACACCUUCAGCUUGGAAAGGCAGGAAAUGGAUGUGGAAAACCUGCAGGGAAGCAGUGUGGGGCUGGAGGAGGAGAAUCCAGAGGGUUCAGCAGCUGAAACCACUGAGUCCAUGGAGGAAAUAAAGGAACCUGCUGAGCAGAAGGAGCAAACAGAGCAGGUUCUGUCUGAGAGUGUUCCUGGGGAGCCCAGGGAGAGCUGCCUGGACUCAGGGGACCAAGAGGAAAAACCAACAGCUGCAGAAAAGGAGGAAAUCAAUGAAAACGGACAACUGGAGGAGGUGCCUGAGGAGCUGAGUGUUGACAGCAAAUCUGAGGAAAAAGAGAUGCAGGAGCUAGAAGGAAAUCGGGAGGAAAAAGGAGAAGCUGAGAACUCUGCUGGAGAAGCUUGUGUUGUUGCAGAUCAAGAGAUGAAGGAUGAAUUGGUGGAAGCUGAAAUAAAAGUGCCUGAAAGCGUGGCCGUGGCAGAUGUGGGUGUGGAUUCCCCUCUGAAGGUGGACGGGGAUCCCUCGGUGCAGGUGGCUGAAAGCCCCACCAGCCUCCAGGCCCGCUGCACCUGGUCCCCCUCAGCCUCCCCAUCCACCAGCAUCCUCAAGAGAGGGGUCAAGAGGAGCCAGGAGGACGAUUCCCUGUCACCUGCCAAUAAGAUCCGCCGAGUGUCUUUUGCAAAUCCCAUUUUUCAGGAGGGCCUGGCAGACGACAUCGACAGGAGGAGUCCUGUCAUCAGAUCCCAUUCCUCACCCUCCUCCAGGAGCCUUAAAAUCCUCUCUAACAUGCAGCACAUUACCACUCCAACCAAAGGAUUUCUGUCCCCAGGAUCUCGUACCCUUAAAUUUAAGAGCUCAAAGAAGUGUUUAAUCACAGAAAUGGCCAAGGAAUCUCUGCCGUGCCUUUCGGAGUUCGUGUACCCUGCCUUGGCUGGCUGCAAAGCCCCUGUGGAUGUAAUUUUACCUCAGAUCACAUCCAACAUCUGUGCCAGGGGCCUGGGGCAGCUCAUCCGAGCCAAGAACAUCAAAACCGUGGGAGACCUGAGCACUCUGACACCUCUGGAGAUCAAAACCCUCCCCAUCCGCUCCCCCAAAGUCUCCAAUGUCAAAAGAGCUCUGAAAGGAUACCAUGAGCAACAGGUAAAAUCUCGAGUGUUGGAGGAAAGCACAGUGCUUGAAGAGGCUGAGAAGCCUGGAAAUGACGUGGAGGAGAAAUCUCUGAGUGGAGAUGAGGAAAAACUUGCAGCAGAUCUGGAGGCUGGCAGCAGCAGCAGCAGCAGCAGCAGCAGCAGCGAGCAGCCCCCUGUGGAUCUGCUGGGGCAGAUCCAGGCCCUGGCAGCCCAGCUGAGCUCGGAGGAGCUGCAGGGCUACUCUGGCAGGCAGCUGUGCGAGAUGCAGGAGCAGCUGCUGGCCAUGGCCUCGUGCGUCCUGAGGAGCCUGCAGGCGCGCUGGCCCUGCCCGCCCCAGCAGGGCCCCGAGUAGCUCCUCCUCAUCCUCAUCCUCAGCAGGAGGAGCUCGGUGUGACAUCCCCCUGCUUUCCUCUCUGCUCACUUACUCCUUCAGUCUGCACUUGGGGCUGUAUUUUAUUAACAUCUUCAUGAAUUUGUUCUCUUUUUUUUUUUUUCUUUUUCCCUUUUUAUUUUUCCCUCUUUUUUUCCCUUUCU